UAGCCGAGGGCGAUUUGAUAUGACAGUGGGUGGAGUGCAGUACUCUGAGCAGUAGCUGUCUCAGAGUCUGUCUCUCUCUCACUCACUUUCUCACUACUGUAGGAUCUACCCGCGCUAACAGAAUGGGUGUUGAGGUUGAGACAAUAUCUCCAGGAGACGGAAGAACUUUUCCGAAGAAAGGACAGACAUGCGUUGUGCAUUACAUAGGGAUGCUGCAGAAUGGAAAGAAGUUUGACUCGUCACGAGACAGAAACAAGCCAUUCAAAUUCAAGAUCGGCCGACAGGAAGUCAUCAAGGGCUGGGAGGAAGGAGUUGCACAGAUGAGUUUGGGUCAGCGGGCGAAGAUCACCUGCACCCCAGAUAUGGCUUAUGGGGCCACGGGACACCCUGGUGUCAUUCCUCCCAACGCCACACUUAUAUUUGACGUGGAGCUGCUGAAACUGGAGUGAACCACUAGCUUUUGCAGGGCUGAAGUCCUCAAAUGGAGAAGGAGAAACACGAGUCCCCGCCCCACCAACAAAACCUUCUUCAUAUUCUAGACACUCUCCACAUCAACUUGUGUGUUUUUUGCCAAUAAAUGCAAUGUGAAUCUUUCUACACAUGACCUUAGCACUAUUUUGGCAUCAUGUUUCAUGCAAAGUGUUUUUUUUUUUCAUACUACACUUUCCUGAAACUAUGUGAAUACAAUAGGAUCAUUCAAUCAGUAUUUUAAUUUGUACCAGACUAAAUCCACUGUCUUGGUGAAUUUGGUAGGGUUAGUAUUUCACAGGAGGGUGUAAUGGGUUAUAAUUCUGAAUUCUGAGGGGCAUUAACAACCACUGUCUGCAUUGCCACUUUUGAUAAAAGUAUAUCCUUCUGAAUGCAUAUGACAAAAUGAUAAUGUUACUGUAUUUACUAUUAUAUUUUAUAUAUAAAUCUGUCCCUUAUAAACAUUUGCUGUAAGUCUCAUUCAAAUCUAUACAAAUGAGACAUGGAACAAACUGAAUAUGUACCUUGGAGUGCUUUGGCUUCAAUUGACAUUUUAUCAGCUUGCUCUUAAUA